AUGUUUAUCAAAAACACAAAGAUGAAAGAGGAUAGCAGAGCCACAUCCAUCAGUCGCUAUUCCAGUGGUCAUAAAAUAACUACAUACGAUAAGAGUCUAUCUCCAAUGCAUCUUAUCGAAAGUUCAACUGUACCCACUAGGCAACUGCAAGCACAGAAAAGAGGGAAGUGGCACAAAGCCGAAGAUGCGCCCGUGCAGCAGCCUCAGACAACCGUUACUUAUGCAAUGCAACACAAAAAAGCUUCUCCUAGCUUGAUGGAGCAGAGAACACUUUUAGUCCAAACUAAUAUAGGCAGAAAAAAAAAAAAGCAAUGUACGAACUCAAUAAUACACACCAAACAGCGACCCAACACAAAAUGCAAGACAUACAUAAAGCCACCGAAGCUGAUGGCAGGUUGA